AUGACGUGCCAAGCCAGGACGUCGUACACGGAGGACGAGGUGCUGUGGGGCCAUCGCUUCUUCCCCGUCAUCUCCUUGGAAGAGGGGUUCUUCAAAGUGGAUUACUCCCAGUUCCACGCCACCUUCGAGGUGCCCACCCCUCCUUACAGCGUGAAGGAGCAGGAGGAGAUGCUGCUCAUGUCCUCUCCCCUCAUAGCUCCCGCCGUCAGCAACAGCAAGGAGAGGAAUAACUCGGUGGAGUGCCUGGACGGGCUGGACGAGGUAGGCACCAAACUCCCUUCCAAACUGCAGAAAAUCACCGGGAGGGAAGACUUCCCCAAAAAACUCCUCAGGAUGAGCUCCACCACCUCGGAGAAGGCCUACAGCAUGGGGGACCUGCCCAUGAAACUCCAGCGCAUCAGCUCCGUCCCCGGCAACUCGGAGGAGAAACUGGCCUCCAAGACCACCAAGAUGGAUCCCAUCAGCCAGUCGGUGGCCGAGCUGCCCCCCAAGCUGCAGAAGCUGUCGGGGGGUGGGGGCAGGAUGGAGGGGAACCUGCCCCCCAAGCUGCGUAAGAUGAACUCGGAUCGCUUCACAUAA